AUUAGUUUGACAAUUGUAAAAAUCGCUUAAAUCAUGUCAUGUAAAGAAGAACGAAUUUGAAGUUUGAACCACAAGAUUCGUUCUAAAGUUAGGAUGUCAUAAAUUGUAUAAAAAAUAAGAUACUGCCUUUAGAAUUCAGAGUACUACAUAAAGUAUGUGGUUGAUAGUGUUUUUGAAAUUAUUCCAUCCGGAUACUUAAUUUCUAACCGUCUUGAACCUGGAAAGCUUUACAUACAUAAAUGAGAGCAAAGCCUUAAUGCUGGUUCCCGGACAGCGGUGCCCAAACGAAAUAUAUAUAUUUCUUUUGUCUUGGAUGGUUCCUUUCGAAUACACAGAUGUUGAAUAUAAUCUACUUCACUCUCUAUGUUCUGGCACUCGCGACUGCUUUUGCACAGGGGUCAUCGACAGCUUUAUUUUCUUCGACCACUCCAGAAGUUGAAACAACAACAGAUGGAGGAGAUACUGGUACGUCUACAAUGGCUGCUACCUCUAUUGUCACUGAUGUUGUCACGACCGCUGAUAAAAUUGAUACAACCAUUAGCGAUACCACGAUAUCUACUAAAAGUGAGGCGCCAACCAGUGAUUUUACAUCAACUGAAUCUGAUACAACUACCGGUGACUUUACAACAACUUCUGGGGGUGAUACAAUCACAAGUAGUUUUACGACAACUAAUGGAAGUGAUAUUGAUUUUACGAAAUCUCUUAACGUAGAUCAACCACAAGUGACCUUGAGACAUCUCAUGCCACUGAUUCAAUAACUACAGAAAUCACCACAUCUACAAGGCAAGAAACCGAAUUAAUCACAAAAGAUGAGCAUGUUUCUGCAUCAACAAGCGACGGAACAACUACUCCACCUACAACAACUUCGUCAGAUGUUUCAACAAACACAUAUUCUGUGACUACAUUUACCGAUCCAGUAACGUCUACUGCCUCUGAAACUACAACUACGACCCAGGUAUCAUCAACAACACCUGCAGCGCCGUCUACAACUAGAGACCUAGACACUACUACGGCAGAUACUAUUACUACAACAGAUCUACCGCAGUCAUCUAUGUCAGAUGCAACAGGAACAGUUACGCCAUGCCCAACGAACGAGGUUACUAUGACAGAUGAUGCAAGGAACUACAUCAUAAUUGCUUUAAGCAUUGUGUUGGGUAUCAUGAGUAUUGGUAUAAUAAUUUGGUGCGUACUGUCAAGAGUCCAGAGAAAUAAGGUGUCUUAUAUGAAGAACAACAUGGUUUCCACGGGAACACAGACGGAUGAUUAUAUUUCAAAAGAGUUGUACUUCCGUCCUUUACCACCAAUAGAUACUCAAAUGAAAGUUGUUUCUGCAAAACCCUUGUUCGAUGUACACACUAAGUUUUCUACUCCUGAAAAACACCCGAUAGAUAUCCAUAUAGAAAUUGUUUCCGAAGACCAUUUAGACACUAAAAUAGAUAUAUUUCCCGAAAGCAAAUGCAAAACAUGUGUUGAACUACCGACAGCUCAUGAUUCUAUUCCACAAAAUAUGAACAGAUCUUCUGCAUUUGAAACAGAGUAUACUACGAACAAUUUCACGACAAAGCCAAUACCGAUUUCUUCGUCCAGUGAGUCAGAUAGUGAUACAUUAUCAAACAAAUGUGAUGAUUUUAAAGCAAAGUAUUUUAAAGAUACAGAUGACAUAUUUCAAGUAGAAUCAUCAACCGCACAUGCAGGAAUUCCUUCGCCAGAUGACGAAAAUUUCGACACAUCGCCCUUAGAGGCUGGCGCAACUCCGUUGGCUUGUGAGACCAAUGCAACUUCUUUAGAUUCUAAAGCAAGUGAAAAAGAACUUUUAGGAGAAAGUGAAGCUGUCAAGGAAAUAUUAUUCAUACAUACUUUGAAUGUUUCUGAUCUUGAUAAAGCUAAUGACGAAAAUAUUAUGAGCAAAGCAAACAUAACGAACGCUGGAAUGGAAAAUAAAAGGCCAUCGUUCCAAAUUACACACUGUUUCAACGAAGAAGUUGAGGAAAUAAUAUCGUUGGACACUGAAGAUAAAGUGCCAAAAGUACGACACGUGACCUUUAAAGAGCCCCAAGGGCAAACUACGGACCAUAAAUCAAGUAGCGUUGAAACUGGUGUGAGUGAUAAUACACUAAUUGGACCAAAAUUUAGGGGUUUAUUAACUACCAACACAAAUACAGUCGAAACUUCUCCAGAUAAACUUAAAAUGAAUAGAAAAAGGAAGAGGGUUGUCAGAAAGAAAUCACCUUACACCGACCCCAUUAAAAGUUCGACAUUAAAGUCACAGGCUCAGAAAAGAUAUGAGGCCACAUACAAUAUAAUUGCAGAUGCUUAUUUCAAACCUGAUUUUACUAAGGAAAAGGUCUGGAAUCAUUUAAAGAAAUUUAGUACAAGGAACAAACUAAGAUUAAAAGCUAAAACAAAGAGCAAAAGAAACAUUUCUCAGUCUGAGCCGAAGUUCCAAAGUGAACCUUAUGGCAGUGGCAGUUUAUAUUCGAGAUUGUCUGAUUUUGAGUCAUGAUUGAUAUUUAUGUCUUAAUAUUCAACCCUACAUCCAAAGUGAAUCACGCAGUGUAAUAUAAUCACUUCACAUGUAACGUUAAAAUUAUCUACUAUUCUUGCUAUUCAUGAUUCCUAUUUUAAUGAUGUAUCCCCAAAGUAUAGGGACGGGGACCUGUUGCUUUUUGCCUGGUUGUCUGUCCGUCCGUCCGUAACAAAAAUGUGUCAACUCUAUCAAUUUGUCCUCUUGAAGGAACAGAAUGUGACACACAAUAUCAGCGCUUUUGAACGUUUAUUUUAUAGAUGAAAAGAGCGCUAUAAAAAUCUGGUAAAUAAUAAUAUGUCAUAAUUAGACGUUUUGCAGUACGUAACUUUCAGUCAUGUAGGCUGAAAGUCAAACGGUGAGACUGAAGGUCAGAUACUUAUUAACACGUUUGAAGGUUGUUCAAAACCUCAGGACAAAUGUUUUCCAUACAAAUAAAUUGGCCAUAAUUAGUUAUCGCGCAGAACGCAACUUUAUGUCAUAUAGUUUCGAUGUCAAGAUCGUAUGUUGAGAUUAAAAGUCACUUAUGUAGAAUGCUGUGUCUCCUCUCUAUCUUCAGACCCUUUUGACAGAUUUUCCAGUGAUUAAGCAAAACUUUUAUUUUAUUACUAGUCAGAUAACAAUGUCCUGUUGGUUUUAAGUGCAU